AUGCUAUCUUCGCCAAUAUCUCUCGUGUUCCUUGCGCUUGCGACAGGUGCGCUGGCGAGUGUGAAUGAGGUACUACCGAGGAUGGAUCUAGGAAUGGAGCUGGAGAUGAGGGAGGAGUUUGCGGUGUUUCCUAGGGCUGGGGAGACGAAUUUUCAGACAUUCACAGCCGCACUCCUCUCCAAAGUCGCAGACCCCGUAAUAGCCAACGGCGGCUCCGACCCAACAAAACCCUUUACCUGCAACGGCGACACCUUCUCUACCCUCACCGAUGCCCUCAAACGGUCCUGCAGCAACCAGAAGAACGACUGUGCGAAGGCUGUCAAUGAUGCGCUAUCGUCUAAAACGGAUGGAGGGCUGCAGGUGAGCGAUUGCGAUGCCCAGGAGAAGGAGUGUAAUUCUGCUGGGGCGGGGGGGUUGGCGAGUAAAGAUCUGCAGGAUGGGAAGGCUGACCAGUUGGUUUUUUGCUGA